AUGGCAGCCCAGACUCAGCAACCUCACCUGCACCUGGCCGAGCUCACAGCCGCCCAGUUCAUCGACAUCUGGAAACACUUUGAUGCGGACGGAAAUGGCUACAUUGAAGGGAAGGAACUGGAAAACUUCAUUAGAGAGCUGGAGUUAGCGAGACGAGGAGCAGGCGUGGAUCCUUCACACGCUGUGUUCAAGGAGAAGAUGAAGGAAUUCAUGGCCAGUUUCGACAAGAACUCUGAUGGGAGGAUUGAGAUGACAGAGUUGGCUCAGCUUCUGCCCACAGAAGAAAACUUCCUGCUGUGUUUUAGAGAGUUUGUGGGAUCCAGCACUCAAUUCAUGGCUGCUUGGCGGAGGUAUGACACUGACCGGAGCGGAUACAUUGAGUCGAACGAACUGAAGGGCUUCCUGACAGACCUGCUGAAGAAAGCCAACACAAGCUAUGAUGAUAAGAAGCUCAACGAGUACACACAGACUAUUCUAAGGAUGUUUGAUCUGAACGGCGAUGGGAAGCUCGGCCUCUCUGAGAUGGCAAGGCUCUUACCCGUACAGGAGAAUUUCUUGAUGAAGUUUCAGGGCAUCAGGCUCACAGUCAAGGAAUUUGACUCACUCUUCACAUUCUAUGAUAAGGACGGUAAUGGCUACAUUGACGAGCAGGAGCUGGAUGCUUUGCUAAAGGAUCUUUCUGAUAAAAACAAAAUGGAUGUGGACGUCACAGGACUUUCAGGGUACAAGAAAAGCAUCAUGGCACUGUCAGACGGAGGGAAACUGUAUCGCACUGAGCUGGAGAUAGUCCUCUGCAGGGACUCUGAGCUGUGA